AUGAACUGGGUUCAGGCUCGUCGUUUGGGCCUCCUCUCCGGCUUUGCCGUUGGAAUUCUUCUUCUUCUGCGAGGGUUCACACUCCCAAAUGGCUUCGUGGGAGGUGGACGGCAGUCCACGGAGCCUGGCAAGACGCAGUCCGGCACUGUUCUGCCACACACAGACACGUCAGCCGAGAGGAUCAUCUGUUCCUCCACGCCGCCCUACGACAUGGCGUUUUGCUUGUCCGACAAUGACGCCCUCCAGACGCCACCGAUGGCCGAAUUGCCCUGCCGAUGGGAAGAAGACUUGGUGGCUAAUGGGGCACACCGAUGCCUCUCCUUCGCCAGCCUUGCUCACGAUCAGUCCGGGCUAAAAUCGAGGACCGCGUUUCAUCUAUAUCCACAGGACUUGCCAGCACAGGAGGUGGUGAAGCGAGCUAGACGUGGACUGCCGAUUGGAGUAGUAAGUUGCCCCGUCGGGGAACAGAGUUCUGUCAUGCCCUUUUUUUCUUGUUGAACAAAAAGAGGUAUUCUCAUUUAUACUGCUACUAGUUUGCAGGCCGAACGCUUGUGAUGGCUGCAGUCAGCGGCCUUGGUGCACGUAAUGGUCUAUCUGUCAAAGUAAUCUGUUAUGUCAAAAUUUUGGCUGUGAGGAAUGUAGCAGUAAUUUGAGGAGUCUUUCGGUUACAUGUCAUUACUAGGUGCCACUGAGUUCUCAUCCGAGGCCCAAAAUAGUCGCCCAUGCCGGAAACAAAACAGGCCGAGAAGUGACUGAAGCAUAGGCCUCGGAUGAGAACUCAGUCAAUCGAUCUGGCGCCGGCAUACGGAGCCCUGCGCAGUCACCUCCAGUCUUUGCCGUCGGUCAAUGAUUGGCUUACAUGCCCUAAAAGCGCCGCUUGCUCUGUUGCUGCUACUAUCUCUGACGAUGAACUCCUGCACCAAUUCGAAAGCUCAGGACAAUAAACAAAGUGUUCCGGUGCUCGAUCCCUUUUCUUCUUCUUCUUCUUCUUCUUCUUCUUCUUCACGUAAUGGCCUAUCUGUCAAAGUAAUCUGUCAUGGCAAAAGUUUGACUGCGAGGAACGCAGCAGUAAUUUAGGGAGUCAGUACUAGGCGCCACACUUACAGUAGAUGUGCUAACUCAUGAAAUGUCAACCAAAAUUUCGAAAUGCGUCCUCGUUUCGAAAAGAUAAAUUAAGUAGUGUUGUAAAACUAAUCAUGAUGCAGCAUAAAUCUUUAACAGCUAGUUACCUCAGGGUGUCGGCUUUCGAAAGAACUUAUUUUCGGCUGCAUGCAAGAUCUAUACUCCGCAAACAAUGACUACUUAUGUAGCAUGCAAUUUCCUCAUUGAUUUUCGAUGUUCUUGAAAAUUCAAUUAUAUUUCAUGGAAAACAUGCAUAAAAAUAUUCAUUCUUUUACUUAUUCGGUAGAAAAUCAUGUCUUCUUCCAACUUCAUACUCAAAAGAAGAGUAUAAUUCGGUUUCAAAAAACUUUUUUAAUUCCCGAAUAAUUUCGAACCCAACCUGCUGUUACACUUGCAUUCAGGGUUUCAAAACUACAAGCUGUAUAUUUUCCGUGUACGGAAAACCAUGCAUUUCUCUACGGUAUUACGAGGAGACCACAUGAGGUUCAUAAAAUUAAGCAGUGGAUUUGAGCAAUAUUGUUAACUUUGCAAGCCACAUUCGUAAAUGCAGAUACAUGACGUUUCAUGAACGGCCAUUUAACGGUACUAAAAAAUCUCACAAUUAGAAACUUUUUUUAAAACCGAAUAAUACUCUUCUUUUGAGUAUGAAAUUGGAAGAAGACGUGAUUUUCUACCGAAUAAGUAAAAGAAUAAAUAUUUUUAUGCAUGCUUUCCAUGAAAUAUAAUUGAAUUUUCAAGGGCAUCGAAAAGAAAUGAGGAAAUUGCAUGCUACUUAAGUAGUCAUUUUUUGCAGAGUAUAAAUCUUGCAUGCAGCCGAAAAUAAGUUCUUUCGAAAGCCGACACCCCGAGAUAACUGGAUCAUUAUAGAUUUAUGCUGCAUGAUGAUUCGUUUUACAACACUACUUAAUUAAUCUUUUCGAAACGAGAACGUAUUUCGAAAUAUUGGUUGACAUUUCAUGAGUUAGCACAUCUACUGUAGGUUUUACGCGUGCGUGUGUGUAUGUUGUGUCCCCAUACGGGACACGCAGUAGAGGCGAUGGACCAAACACGGGGGUUAGAUCGGAGUCCAGCAGGAGAUAUCGGGAAUGCGUAACGAGGCACCGGACUAAUUCACCUUUGACAAUCUAGUUCAGAUUUGUUCUUACCGAGUUCCUUGUUUGGUUAGAUGGUAGUUGGUAGUCCUCCCGUUACCGAAAACUUCCAACUACCUGUCUUACGGAACCGGUGGUAAUAGGGGCUAUACGGGUUGGGCAAAUGAGUGGAGGCGUAAAUGGCGCUUGUAGUGUAUGCCUGGAAUUGACGUUCCGGGCAAAGUGGAAGCCUAAUUUAAAUAAGGUGAAAAAUGAAGGGUGGGUAUAGAAAUAAGCAUGGGUAAUUAGUACGAUAUGCGGAAUAAUUGCAUCCUUGCCCCAGAUUGGAAAGAAUAGCAAGUGAAGGCGAACAACCAAUAGGAAGAGGACAGUGUGUCUUAAGGUCAUUCCGCAGUAUGUGCGAUAGUACUCUAACAGACAGAAUAGACAUGAGAACACGAGAGUCCAGCAGCGGCACGCAGGACGGCAUAACGCAAGCGGGGUAGGACUUUACUGCGAAAAAUAUGUUUGGGCGAAAGAGAAAUCUGCAAAUAAUAUUGUAUUGUCACUGCGGCCACAUCUAGGAUUAAAACUAUGGCAGUAGUUGUUUGCUAUAUGUGAAUGGUGUACUAUACAAUGUAAAGAGGAAGUAGCACUCUGUAUAUGAAGUUACACUUUGUUCUGCUUGCAGAGCCCAGCCUCUUAGAAGGCGAAGGAAAGCAGUACCGCAAGUGGAUAGGCCGACAGAUUAUUCGCGGAUCCUGGAAAUAAUCCAGUCGUCCUACCUAGUGCAGUAUCUCCAACAGAAAGGACUACUGACCUGUAGGGUCUUAUGUAGAUGUCGAAAGGUCAUGCCCUUACAAAUACUGCGACAGCACACGGAUGGUUAUGCCUCCAGGUAACAUCUGGGUACUGUGGUAUGCAGCCUAGGAUAGUACCCCUAAAAUGAAUCAGAUACAGGUAACACAGUGCGCGCAUGCAAUUACAAGCAUAAUGAGAAGCAUGAUGAAUCAUAAUCCGCUUAGGAUAAACCUUUAGUCCUUUACUAAAGAUUUCCGUGUGGGGGUGCAAUACAAUGAGUCUAUAUAGACAUUUUUGCAGCGCCUCGUUCUCGGGGCGGUUAGAGUGAAGAAGAAAGUCAUCCUGACAGGGCCUCUGCGCGAACACUCCCAGACAUAAUGAGAACGUAAUCACAGAGCUUGAAAUCGAGCCAGUAAGUGCAGUUGUAGAAUCGGUGGGCAGGGCUACCAACUACCAUCCUACCCCUUGUUUUAACGUGACGGAAACAACUCGAAUGGACAUCCGCUCCACUGUCGUGCUCUGCUGUCAGGUAUCAAUAUCAGGAUUAUUCACUAACCGGUUUUGCCUACCGCUCUUGAUACUUAGAGCACGUGAGAUAUCAUCCGUUAGUCCGUGAGAACAUUCUCAUUUACGUCAUUGAUGACUCCCGUCGUCAGCGUAGACGUUGUACCUUUCUAUGUCAUACUGAAUAACAUUUAACGUAUUAUUUGUUUCUGAACUUCUAUUCUGUUUACGUCUACUUUUCUCACGAAUUUUCUCGAUAUUGUGCCCUUUCUGUCUUGCUUACUAUGUCUCAUUCCAACCAACAACUUGAUGCCUCCGCCCAGUCCCUUCAUUCCGUGAAUUUUGCCUUGCCCGAAUUCUGGCAACAUGUUCCAGAACUGUACUUCAUCCGCAUCGAACCAGCCUUUUAUUCUGCUAACGUUACCAAGGAGCUGGCGAAAUACCAAAAACUUGUGGAGGUUCUCCCCGCUAGUGUUAUCCUUCAAGUUCAGUCCUUGUUGUCUAAUCCCCCUGCAGAUGCUCCCUAUUCCACGUUUAAGGCAGAAAUCCUUCCACUUAAUGCUGUGUCUGACCAACAACGGUUUCACCAGUUGAUUAAGGCGGAAUCACUGAGUGACCGGAAGCCCUCAAAACUUCUAGGUCGAAUGUGUUCUCUCCUUGGAGACAUGCAGAUUGACGAGAAACUCGUCGAGAAGAUGUUUCUAGAGCGACUGCCUGCAGAUUUUCAGACGAUUGUUUGCGUCCGGUUUUCAAGAUCUCACGGUUUCACGGCUGGCUGAAAUGGCGGAUCGAAUGAUAGAAGUGCAGCGGUUCCAGCCGCCCUCCGUUGCCCAGACCUCCACAUCCUCGUUGACAGUGAAUGAGCAGUUAGUGAAGCAGAUGUCAGCCAUGGCGGAUGAGAUGGCUCCACCUAAGUUACAGCUUGUCCGCCAAACUUCCAGUCGCUCCCCAGUCGUCGUCGUCGUCGUUCUCGCUCGCGACUUCGGACUGACGGCAUUUGUUGGUGUCAGACCAGUUUCAGUGCAAAGGUCCGUCGCUGUUCCUCGCUCUGCUCUUUUAAGUCGCAACAGAAAACCAGUCAGCCAGAGACUAGACGCAACCGUUUUCUAG